UACACGAAAUAAGCCUUCGCUUUCAAAAGAGUUCAUUGCCCUUCAGACAGGCUCUAGAAGUAAAAAUUCAAAGGGAGAUAUGCUGAUUAGAAGAAGUCUACAGAGGUUGUCUGUUGUAUUUCGUCAUGUUAAAAUGACAACUGCAUACAACUUCAGUACAUCCACACCAGAUGAUGUGAUAGCAGAGAUGAUUGACACAAAAGGAGUUAUCACCCUUAACAGACCUCAAGUUCUUAAUUCGCUGAACCUCUCUAUGAUCAGAAAAAUAUACCCCAAAUUAACAGAAUGGGAGAAUGACCCACAUACAACAAUGGUAAUUAUCAAAGGAGCUGGUGAUAAAGCUUUCUGUGCUGGAGGAGACAUCAGAGCUGUCACAGAGGCUGGAAAAGUUGGAGACAGGUUGUCCCAAGAUUUUUUUAGAGAAGAGUAUAUACUGAAUAACAAAAUUGGUACAUAUGAGAUUCCAUAUAUAGCACUGAUUGAUGGUAUAACAAUGGGAGGGGGUGUAGGGUUAUCUGUGCAUGGAAUGUUUAGGGUGGCUACAGAGAGGACAGUAUUUGCAAUGCCAGAAACAGCAAUAGGAUUAUUUCCUGAUGUUGGUGGAGGUUAUUUCCUACCACGACUGGGAGGAAAAUUGGGAGUAUAUCUCGCUCUUAGUGGAUUCAGAUUAAAGGGCAGAGAUGUACUCAAAGCUGGAGUUGCCACUCAUUUUGUACAGUCAAAUAAAAUACCAGAACUAGAGAGUGCCUUAUUAGGAUUAGAUAAUGCACGUGCACAUGAUAUAGGCGAAGUCUUAGAGAACUUUCAAAAUAUGAGCACGGAUAUACCAGAUACAGAUUUUAUCUUAGAUCCUCACAUAGAAGAGAUAGACAGGCUGUUUGAAGGUGACACUGUAGAACAGAUUGUGCAAAACCUGAAAAAUGAGGGAUCAGAAUGGGCCAAAAAGCAGCUCAACACACUCAGCAAAAUGUCUCCUACAUCUAUGAAGAUAACCCUACGACAGAUUCUAGAGGCAGAGACAAUGACCCUUCAAGAUGUUCUAGUCAUGGAGUAUCGCCUCAGUCAGCAUUGUAUAGAAGAUCAUGAUUUCUAUGAGGGUGUUAGAGCUGUUUUAGUAGAUAAAGACCAGAGUCCAAAAUGGAAUCCCUCAACAUUAGAAAAAGUGACCCCCCAAAAAGUAGACUGGUACUUCUCUUCAUUACCAACAGAGAGAGAACUAAAGCUCUGAAAAUAAUCAAAGAAUUACCCACACUUACCUCAGGUCUUAUUGUAUAAAACAGUAUUUUGAUUUUACAAGUGCAAGGGAUUUUUACUCCUUGGCAUUAUUUAAAAAAAUGCUAGCGAUAUUUUAACAAUUACUGUCUUGAUUUCAUUGGUGAUUUUGUUGUGGUUUCAAGCUUUCUGGUAUAUGUAUUGUUAGAGUGAUUAAAACAGUUUAUGCUAACUUGUGGUGCUAAAUAAUUGGCUGUACAAUAAACAUUUGAUUCACAAGUACAUUAUUACAGGCUUCAAUAUAAGAUUACAGUCAAACUUCUUUAUCUCACACUGUAGAAUCGGAUUUAAACCUGGAAACAACUUUCUGUACAAGAAUAAAACAUUGAGAAUAUACAAAUAAUGUAUUGAUUGAAAUGUUGUAUAUUCCCUUGAAGGUGUCAGUUUGAUAAAAAAAAAAAAAUAAAUUCAUAAUAAAAUGUAA